AUGAGUUCUUCUUUAGAAACAGAAGGGGAAAAUAUUCCAAAUUCAUCAACUUCACCACCACCACCACCACCACCUUCAUCAAAUAAUAACAAUCCAAUUUCUCAAAGCGUACCAGAAAAAACAAAAACAACUGUAGAAUCGAGCACCACCAGUACCACUACCACCACCAGUACCACUACCACUACCAACACUAACACCAAUAGUACAAUGGAUUCAAUAAUAAAUAAUAUGAACAAAUUGAAUAUUACUGAAAAUUCACAAAUUAUAAAUAGUAAUGAAAAUGAUAUUUUUAAAACUAUAUUCAAGCAUAGUAAUUUAAAAGAUAUCAUAAAUGGAAUUAAUGGUGUUUGUAAAUUAUUUCCAAAUUUCGAUAUUAAGAAAAUUAAAGAAAUUUUAGAAAAUGAUAAAACUUCUUUAGAGAAUAAAAUUGGAAUUAUUAAAACAUCUUCUUCAAUAGAUGUCUCUGAUAAAUUUAGUAAAUUAGUUAAAAAAACAAAUUUAUUAAAUAAUAUCAAUCGUAAUAAUAAUAAUAACGAUAUUUUUCAAAUUUAUAAUGAUUUUAUAGCAUUGAAAAUUAUGAUUGAAUUUAGUUUUUUAUAUCAAAGAUUAAUUUUAAAGAAAUUAUUUACAGAUGAUACAUCAAUCACAGCUGAUCAAAAACAAAGGCUUUAUGAUCAAUUGUCAGCUCAAAAUAUAACAAUAACAUUAUCAGAGGUUUUCAAAUGUAAUUAUCCAUCAAAAUUUCGUCAAAUUUCAAAUGAUUUCAAAUUUAUUUUAAAGGGUAAAAAUUAUAAAAUAAAUUAUUUAAAAUUUUCAGAUUCUCAAGAUAUAUCAAUUUCAAUUCAAUCAAACUUUAUCAACCUUUGUAAAUUAUAUAAUAAAUGUUUAGGUACAACUACAAUAGAACAGAAAAUAUCAUCUACAUCAGUUAUUGAUAUAACACCACCAGCAGUGUCAUUAGCAACAACAACAACAACUGUAUCACCACCAACAGUACCAUUAGCAACAUCACCAUCAUUGGUAUCAAAAGUUAUAAAUAGCCAACAACAAACAAAACCAACAACUACUGAAAUCGUAGUUUUUUCAAUUUUUAAUAAAUUAUUCCACAGAUCAGAAGAUAUUCAAGGUUUGAUUAAAAAAUACCCAGGUUUUAAAUCAGAAUUAUUAUCAGUUGAAACUUUUAUAAAAGAAAGUCAAACCAAUAUUGAUUCAGUGAAAAUUACAACAUUAAAUCAACUUAAAAAAUCAUUGAAUUCAAAGAUAAAUUCAAAAAAGUUUGAUGAAAUUGUAACAAUAUUUGUUACAAUCAUUUCAUUAAUAGAGUUGAGUAAUCUAAUCCAAAGAAGUAGUGUUAAAAAAUAUAUUGAAAAAAAUAUAGUCAAAAUCACACACCAAGCAAGUUUACAAUUAGAGGCUUUUGGUUUAUUGGAAACUCAAUAUCAAAAAUCAAAAAUCAAUCUAGAGGAAUUUAUUAGUCAAAAUCCAUCUUUUGUUUCAAAAUUUGUUCCAAAACCAUUGAAGUUAGAAUUAGAUUCUAAAAAAGUUUUAUUUAAUAUUGGUUUAUUUAAAUUAGAACUUGGUCACAAGAAUAUCGAAAGUAAUACCAUUGGAACAUUAAUCGAAUCACAUUUGAUUUAUAUAAAAUCUUUAAUUUUAGAUUAUCAACUUUUAUCAAACUCAACAACAACAACACAACCAAUACCAACACUAACACCAACACCAACACCAACACCAACACCAACUCCAACUCCAACUCCAACUCCAACACCAACACCAACACCAACACCAACACCAACACCAACACCAACACCAACACCAACACCAACACCAACACCAACACCAACAUCAACACCAAAAGAAUUAUUAUCAAAUAUACCAACAGUAAUUUUGAAGACACCAUCAAAUAUUGAAAAACAAAUAUUUUCAUUAUUUAAUACAUUUUUUAACAAACCAGAAGCAAUUGAUAGUUUAAAGAAUCAAUAUCCAACAUUUAAUUUACAAAUAGAUUCAAUUAAAUCAAUGGUAAAAGACAUAGUUUUACCAUUCAAAAAAAAGACUGAAUCUUAUAGAAUUGGUACAUCAAAAGAUAUAAGAAAAUUAUUAAAAUCAAGUGUAAAUCCAUCAAAAUUUAAUGAAAUUAAUGAAACAAUUUUUACAAUCAUUUCAUUAAUUGAAUUUAGUAAUUUAGUGCAAAGAAAUUAUAUUAAAGAAUAUUUUGAUAAAAAUUUCACAGUUAAAAACUCACCAACCUUUUUGGAUUCUAGAUCAGAGGCAUUCAAUUUAUUGAAUACUCACCACCAAAGAUUUUGUAUUAAAGUUGAAGCAUUUAUUGAUCAAAAAUCAAUAGACAUUUCAAACUAUAUUCCAGAACAAGUAAAAUUAAAUAUUAAAUCUAAAAAAACUGAAUAUGUGAUGAAUGUAGAAUUAUUUAAAUUACCACUUGGUCAUAAAAAUGAAAGUGAUAAUACAAUUGGAACUUUAAUAAAAUCUUUUAUAAUUCAUAUAAAAUCUUUAGUAUUAGAUUAUAAAGAUUUAUCACUUUCAAAUUCACAAAAAAUAUCUAAUACAACAAGUUCAAAAACACCUACAGCUUCAACUACCACUAGUAUUAUAAAAGAUAAAGCUACAACAAAAACAACAACAACAACAACCUCAACCACUGCAAAUACCUCUGCAACAACAUCAACAGAUAAAUCAACUACAGCAUCAUCUGCUUCUAAUAAUACUAGUGCUGCUACUACUACAUUUGAUAUAAACCAAUCAUUGAAACAUAGUUUAUUGAAAUUAAUAUUUGAAGAUUCAACUAGUGCAGAUUCAAUUAUUAAAACAUUGGAUAGAUUAUUUAAAUCAUAUCCAUCAAAGAAAAAAUCAAUUGAACAAGUGAAUGAUAUUAUCAAUGAGAGUAUAACUCAAUUUAAUUCAACUAUUAAUGCUAUUAAAAAUAGAUUAAAAACAGAUAUUUCAAAGAUUCAAAAAAAUAAUACAAGCAAUCAAAAUAUUGAAAAAAUAUAUAACAAGUCAUUAUCAUUAAUGGUAUUAUUAGAGUUUAAUCAUUUCUCACAGUAUUCAGAAUUAAAAGAAAAAACAAAGACUUGUAGACACAAAUACAAUCAGUUGAAUUCAGAAUUAGCAAAAAAAAAUAGAACGAAGUUAGAAUUUUCAAAUAUAGUUAAAGGUAAAUUCUUUGAUAAUCUCGUCAGUAACUUUGAAUCAACAACAAAAAUCAAUGGUUCAACUUUAAAGAUUCCAUCUUUUAAAUUAUUAAACUCUGAAAAGUUAGGUUUAAUUUCAAAGUUACAAUUUAAUGAAAUUCACCAAUUAAUUAAAAGUGAAAAGUUGUUUAUCAAAUCCCCAACAGGAACAGCAACUGCAACAACUACAAUAAGAUCAAGAAAUAACAAUAAUAAUAAUAGAAAAGUUGUUUUAGUUCGUGAUCAUGUUGAAGUAAUUUCAAAAGAUUCUGAAGAGAUAUUGUCAAUAUUUUUAAAGAGUAAUCCAGAAAGAAUUCCAUUAAUUCAAGCUGAUAAUAUUCAUUCAUUACAAGAUAGUUAUUCUGACCAAUCAGAAUUUGUAAAUUUAAUGAAACCUUUAAUAGUAGAAGAAUAUAGAGCACAACUCGAAGGUGAUUUUGAUGAAAUUGAAGGUAUUUCAAUAUCAGAACAAGAUGGUACAUUAAUAGGUUUAGAUAGAGUUAAAAUGAAUGAUACACCAACAAUUCAUUCAUUCCAAGAGUUGUCGGAGGAUUCUGUUGAAAUUACAUUUAAUAUUAAAGUUAAGGAUGAAUUAGAGGAAAUAUACCUUAAUGAUAUUUUACUUUUUAAAGCAUUUGAUCAUACAAAUAAACCAAUGUUUGCAUUGAGUUUAGUUACAAGAUCUUCAGAAUUAAAAAGUAAAAAACAAAAAAUAAUUUGCGAAUUUGUAUUAUCGGAUUCAACGAAACCAUUAAUUGAAAAGUUUUAUUCAGUUUCAUUGAAUUCGAAAAGAUAUUCAAAAGAUAUUUUACAUUUUAUAAAGGUUUCUAAUAGUACUACAUUCAUUAGAGAAUUAGAAGCAACAGAAGAGUUUAAAAAUUCAAAAACACUUUUAAAUCAAAUUUUACAACCAUCAUUGGAAGUUUAUAAUUUAAUGACAUCAAUGAGAAUGGAGAUUCCAUCAUUGUUAAGAUCCAUUUGUAUUCAAGAAUUGAAUGCAUCACAAUUUAAUGCAAUUGAAACAUCAUUAUCAAAAAAAGGUAUUACAUUAAUUCAAGGUCCACCAGGUACUGGUAAAACUACAACAAUUUAUUAUUUACUUUCAAUUUUAUUAGCAAUUAAUCCAAAAUUCAAGAUAUUAGUAUGUGGUCCAUCACAUGCAUCAGUAGAUGAAGUUGCAAAGAGAUGUUUAAAAAAGAGUUUAAUAAAUGUAGAUGGUAAACCUUAUUUACCAAAUAUGGUACGUAUUGGUAAACUUCAAAAUAUAUCACCAGAUUGUCAUCGUAUAUCACCCUAUGACAAAACACCAGCACAAAGAAAAGAAAUUAUUAGAAAUGCAAAUAUUGUUUUCUCAACUCUUUCAGCAAGUGGUUCUGGUUCUGUUAGAAGUAACUUUAAAGCAAAUAUUGUAUUAGUAGAUGAAUCAACUCAAUCAUCUGAACCAGCUUCACUAAUUCCAUUAUGUAUUGGUAAUAUUGAAAAGUUAAUUCUUGUUGGUGAUCCAUUACAAUUACCACCAACUAUUUUCUCAUCAGGAAGUGCAGAAAAUGGUUUAAAUAUAUCAUUAUUUGAAAGAUUAUCAAAAGUAUUACCAGUUGAAAUGUUAAAUACACAAUAUCGUAUGCAUCCAACAAUUUCAAGAUUCCCAUCAAAUCAAUUCUAUAAAGACAGAUUAUUAGAUGGUGAUAAUGUAAAGUCAUUAGUAUACAAUCAACAUAAUUUCCAUUCUGAUAUCAAAUAUGGUCCAAUUAGAUUCUAUGAUGUUAUUGAUUCAAAAGAAGAAAGUGGUAAAAGAUCAUUAAAGAAUAAAUUAGAAAUCACAAUGGUAUUCACAUUGAUUAAAAAGUUAGUUCAAGAUUAUCCAGAAUGUAAAAAGUUCUCAUUUGGUAUUAUUACGCCAUAUAAAUUACAAAAGAGUGAAAUCAAAGAACAACAUAAACAGUUUAAUUAUCCAUUAAAUAUUGAAACAUCAACAAUUGAUGGGGUUCAAGGCUCAGAAAAAGAUAUUAUAAUUUUAUCAUGUGUAAGAAGUGAAAGAAUUGGUUUCCUUUCUGAUCGUAGACGUAUUAAUGUCGCACUCACAAGAGCUAAAUUUGGAUUAUUUGUAAUUGGUAAUUCUAAACUCUUAAAAAAAGAUAGAACUUGGGGUCCAUUUUGUCAAUAUGUUCAUUCAAUAAACUCAAUGGUCUCAAUUGAUUCUAAAGGUAUCAGUGUUUUAGAACAACAAAUUCAAGAAUAUGACUCUUUAAAUCCAAAUGGAUUAAUUGAAUUCCAUUCAGAUUCUGAAGAUGAAUAUGAUGGUAAAGAUGAAGAGGAAGACGAAGAUGAAGAUAAUGAAGAAAUACAAGAGCAUGAUGAAGAUGAUGAAAGUAAUAGAAUCAAGAAAAUUAAUCAAGAAGGUGAAGAUAAUGAUGAUUUGGAUGAUGAUGAUGAUGAAUAUUAUAGUAUCAGCGAUGAUGAUGAUGAAGAUGAGACAGUUUCACCAGAUUCAAAUAAUUUAAUCAUUGAUAAAGAUUUUCCAAACACUCUUAUUAAUAUUAUUAUAGAAUUACAAAAAUCAAAUCAAGAAAAAAUAGAUCAAUCAACUUUAUCAAAAAAGAAAACAUUAAGAGAUAGUUUUGUUAAAUAUUCACGUCUCUUGGAUUCAUAUUUAAAGAAAGUUUUAAAUAAUUUAGAAAUACAAGAAAUUUCACAAUCUUUAUCAUCAUCAAAAACAAAUAAUUCUCUUAAUGAAAUUAUUUCAAAAAUUGAAUGUAAAAAGAAAUCAAUUAAACAAGAUAGUUAUAAUAGAUUAAAGAAAUUAAUAUCAGAAGGUUUCGCAACAGCAUCAAUUAAUUUAUAUGGUUCAUUCUUGAGUGGAUUAUCAUUGAAUGAUAGUGAUUUAGAUAUUAAUUUCUCAAGUACUCAAAAAGAAGAUACAACUCAUUUAAAACAAGUUUAUAAAUAUUUAAAUAGAUCUCAACUAUAUAAAUUAAUUGAAAAAAGAAUUAGUGCAAAAGUACCAAUCAUUAGAUUCAAAGAGAUAUCAUCAGGUAUUCAUUUCGAUAUGUGCUUUCAUUCUAUGAUGAGUUAUCACAAUUCAUUAUUGUUAGGUGAAUAUUGUUCAAUUGAUAAAAGAUGUAGAGAUUUAGCAUUAUUAGUAAAAUGGUGGGCAGUUUCAAAAGAUUUAAAUAAUGCAGCAGAGAAAACAUUUAGUUCAUUCUGUUUAGUUAAUAUGGUAAUUCAUUUCCUUCAGUCAUUAAAUCCACCAAUUUUACCAAAUUUACAAACAACAUCAAAUCAACUAUUAGAAAAGUAUUCAACAGAUAGAAAUUUAAUUAAAUUAAAAUCACAAACAAUCGUAGAAAAUUAUUUAGUUAAAUAUUAUGAUUGGUCAAGUUUUAACAAAUUUGAACCAAAAAGAAACAAAUUGACAAUCGCUCAAUUGUUUUAUCAAUUCUUUUAUUAUUAUUCAACAUUUAAUUAUAAAGAGAAUAUCAUAUCAAUUAGUCACUCAAGUGGUGGUGGUAGUUUAUGUGAAAAUGGAGCAUUAUUAAAAAGAUCAACUAUAAAGGGUACACCAGUAAAAGGUCAUAUCAUUGUACUUGAUCCAUUUAUUAAUGAUAGAAAUUUAGCAUCAUCAAUUAAAAAAACAUACCAAAGAGUAUUAAUGGAAUUCACAAUGAUGGAAUAUUCUUUAAGAUCAACCAAAACAACAAUUAAUGAUUUAUUCAAAGAGAAUUUAUCAUUAUCGUCAAAUGGAUUACUUUCUUAG